AUGCGAUCCAUCAUUUUUUGCAUUUCCAACAUGCCACGAGCCCUACCUCCGUCGCUCGAACUGACCUACUUUGAUGCUGGCGGGCGUGCGGAACCCAUUCGAUUGAUCUUAGCAUAUGGCGGUAUUGAUUUUGACGACGUGCGCAUCCCUGGGAAGGAAUUCCCUGAAAAGAAACCGUCGUUGGACCUGCCGUUUGGCCAAGUGCCUACCCUCAAGGUCAAUGGAACGAAAGUGUUUGCGCAGAGUGUCGCCAUCGCACGUUAUGCCGCCAUGUUAGCAGGACUGUACCCCCAAGAUCCCCUGGAAGCGUUGGAGGCGGACCUUGUCGUCGAUACUGUCGUGGAAGCCACCAUGACGUUUGUCAACGCUGCUUUGUUGGAACCGGACGAAGCCAAGAAGGCCGACAAGCUGGCGGACGCCAACAACAAAAUCCUCCCGCGACUCCUGGGCGGCCUCGAGAAACGAGUUGUCGGACCUUAUUUCUUGGGCGAAGCACCGACAUUUGCCGACAUUUACGUCCUGGACUUUCACACGCAAAUCUGGUGUGCGUUCCCUGACCAACUUAUGGCGACCCCCGACAAGUACCCCAAGCUUGCAGCCAUCGCCGAUCAUUUGCGUCAAUCCAGCGAAUUGGCGUCGUAUUUGAACCCGAAGAAGCGAAAGUUAUCCAGCUGAGCCUACGUAGAGCUGUGAUCUUACAAUACAUACUACUAAUAGUACUGUAAUCCUAUUGGCAUUCGCACUGUAAUUCACUAUCAU